AUGGCAGCAAACAAGUCUACCAACCGCCUGACCUCUCUGACGGGAACAAUGGCUCCAUUCAAUGUCAGCGCCAGCGUCCGUGCCUUCCAGAGGUGCCUCUUGGUCCUUGCAAUCUUUGGCUUGCUGAUUGGAACAGCUGUUGGAGUUUGGUUCCUGGUGAAACAGCUGCUAAAGCCCCUUCAUCUUCAAGAGUCUCUGCCCCACAAGGACCCAGAGGCCGUUCUAACGAAGUGCACAAAUGUCAUGGAAGAACGGGAGGCGGACCAGGAAACCCCCUUUGGAAAUGUCAGUGGCAAGAAAGUAUUUUUCAGAGUAGACAGAAGUAACUUCUUAUUGGAGGUUCAGGUGGAGGGUCGAUCCAACUGGCUUCUGCUGUGUCAUGAAAAUUGGGAGAUCUCACUGGGGAUGCAAAUCUGCAGACAGAUGGGCCAUGUUCGACUCACCCACCACAAAGGGGUGAACCUAACGGAUGUGAAGGUGAACAGCGCUCAAGAGUUUGCUCAUGUUUUGCCCAACUGGAAGGGGAGCACCAAAGAUAUGUGGCAGGUCAGGAGCCGAUGCUCUUCAGGUCGAAUUGUGGCCCUGAAGUGUUCUGAGUGUGGCUCCCGUUCCAAGGCUUCUCAGACAACUGAUGGAAAGGAUGCACCCCUGAGGGGCUGGCCAUGGCAGGUCAGCCUUUAUCUUGCUGCUGAAAGGGUCUGCACAGGCUCAGUGGUGUCGCACAAAUGGAUCAUCACUGCUGCCCAUUGCAUGGACAGGCAUCUCCAGCUUUCCAGCUGGGCGGCCUUCGUUGGGCUUGAUGCCCAGGCCAGCGUCGAAGGACGGAGGGGAGCUGUCCUGGAGAGGGUGGUGCCGCACCCCAGGUACGACAACAGGAACCACGACUACGACAUCGCCAUGCUGAAGCUGAGGGAGCCUCUGCAUUUCUCAGAUACUGUCCAGGCUGCUUGUUUGCCCCCAUACCAUGCGGACAUUCCCAACGGCAGCACCUGCUGGAUCUCAGGAUGGGACAACCCAAGGCCAGAAAAUGAGAAAAGCAGGGAAACCCUCAUCCCCGUCUUGAAGAAAAGUGACUCCCUGGCCACCCUUUCUCUCAAAGGGAUAGGAAAGGAUGGCAAUGCUUGUUUUACAGCCACCAUUGCCGAGAUGCCAAAGGAAGGGCAGGUGACCCUGAUUAGCACCCAAAACUGCAACAGCUCAUGUAGGUAUGCAGGUGAGCUCACCCCACGAAUGCUGUGUGCCUACUACAUGGAUGGAAACAUCAAUGCCUGCAAGGGCGAGAGCGGGAGAUCACUGGUUUGCCAGCAUGAGCACAUGCAGCAUUUGGUGGGGAUUGGGAGCUGGGGCGCUGGGUGUGGAAAGCCUGAAUCCCCCGGCGUUUAUACCAAGGUGGCAGCAUUCCUGGAUUGGAUCCAUCACGUCAUCACGCAUUCUGAGGAUUUCUUUGGCGGGGUCCAUGUGGAACUUUUGAAGGCAGUGUUCACUGGUGCCUGA